UAUUCAUGUUAGCCUACUCGAAUUAUGUUUGGAGUAUUCUAUUGCAAUGGAGACGGUUGCGGUGCUCUCCUCAUCAGUUUCCGCCAUCGCGGUUUCUCCAUUUGUGGGAACAACUCAGUGCAAGAAUGCCGUUUUAACACGCAACCUAAGGUCUGAUUUCAUUGGGGAUGCUAGUCGAAUCCGUGUCUCCACUCUCACCAUUGGUCAAAACAGUACAUUAAGGAAGAAGGUGGAAUGCAAGGAAUCAAGGAUUGGUAAACAACCAAUUGCAGUUCCGUCCAAUGUGUCAAUCACAAUGGAAGGGCAAGGUUUUAAAGUUAGAGGCCCUCUAGGAGAGAUGGCUCUUACUUACCCACGAGAAGUGAAGCUGGAGAAGGAGGAAUCUGGAUCCCUCCGCAUCAUAAAGGUUGUGGAGACAAGAAGGGCUAACGAGAUGCAUGGUUUAUUCAGGACACUUACUGACAACAUGAUAGUGGGUGUGUCAAAGGGGUUUGACAAGAAACUGCAGUUGGUUGGUGUAGGGUAUCGUGCAAUGGUUGAAGGGAAAGAUAUAGUCCUUAACCUUGGAUUCUCUCAUCCAGUUAGGAUGGCAAUCCCUGAUGGGUUGCAGGUUAAGGUAGAGGAUAACACCCGAAUCACUGUAAGUGGAUACGACAAAUCUGCCAUCGGUCAGUUUGCUGCCUCUAUUAGGAAAUGGAGGCCUCCCGAGCCGUAUAAAGGCAAAGGUGUGAAGUACGCAAAUGAAGUUAUUAGAAGAAAGGAGGGUAAAGCUGGGAAGAAGAAGUGAUCACCUUCUUGGCUCUUUUUUCCCUUGUGUUCAUUGAAGUUUAUCAAAGCCAUGCUGUAAUGGGAAGACAUGUGUGUCAUUGACAUUUAAUAUUUUGGACAUUGUUUUGGGUAUAACACAAAUCUAAAUUAAGCUUGUGAAGUUUUAACAAAUAUUUUCUUUGGUCUGUUUGAAGGUGAAGUUUAAUCUCUUUUUUUUUGGCAAAAAGUUUAAUCUCUUUUAUAAUCAA